UUAGGGUACCUCCCGUACACGUAAAGUGGGCGUGAAUUUUUUUUUGCUUCAACCCUACAAUGUGGGGUAUCGUUGGAAAGGUCUUUCAAAAUGAAUAGAUCUUCAACAAACAUUUUUGAUAAAGUGAAUAUAUUCGGAGAUACUCGCUCCGAAAGAAAAAAAAAUGUGUCCCCUCCCUCUAACUUUAGAACCAUAGAUCCAAAAAAUAUGAAAAAAAUCGUGGAAGUAGAGCUUAAGAAAAACAUUAAAUGAAAACUAUAGCGGACAUGAUCAGCUUAGUUGUUUUUGAGUUAUCGAAAAAAGUUUCCCCUUCAUAGUAAAAAGACGUACAUCCACAGUUAAAGGUUAUUACGACAUUAAAUGGGCUGUUAAAGUUAUUUGGCAUUAUUCAUGUAAAUAAGCUAAAAUUUAAGAUAAAAAUUUGCUUAUUUUACUCAUUCCAUUUUUAUUUAAUUUGUCUAUAACAGUUUCAUUGGCUGUAUGAGUAAAGCCGUUGACUACAGGCAGUUUUAGAACGAAAGAGUAAAAAGUAAGAGGCAAUCCUGCUAAUUUUAUAUUCAUAUUCGUUUAUUGCACUCAUGUACGAUGCAUUAUGUCUAGGACUUAUUGUUAUGCUUUACUUUUUCAUGCUUUAAUGAACCAAAUCAUUUUAAAAUUACUGCAGUUUGCUAAAAUAUGUGUUUAAUUCAUCUAUAUAGCAAUCUAAAUGUUUUUCGCUAUGCGAUAUUUAUCUUUCGACAUGCAAAGUCUCCGAUUGCAAGUAAGUCUGUAACUUUAAUUAGGUGCUGAUUAUGCAGCCUAUUUGUUUAACUCAGGUGAAAGGUACCGUUUCAUCCCUUGGUUAACAAUCUAUAUAAAUAGGAAUAGAAACUCUAUACUAUAUAUAUCUACUAUACUUAAGCUCCAGGUUAGCUUAUUGUGACGGAAGAGUAACUACGGAACCCUACUCUGAGCAUGGCCCGACACACGGUUUUAUUUUAUAUUAUAUUUUAUCUCUGACACUUAGAGAUUUUAACAUCUCUAAAGAUUUUUAGAAUUUUAGUUUUUUUAACGUAGUUUUUUUUGUGUAAUUCGACAUUUAGAGACUGUAUACAUCUCUAAUAAAGUAUCUAAUAUUUUAUUGACUCCAUAUUUGUAAUUGUAUUUUGUUCUUUUUAUGGUUGUAAAAUUUGACCUGUAUAAGUGCCCCGUGGCCUAUUUGCUUGUCAAAUUGUAUAUUAUAAUAUUUUCAACACGAGUUUAGUGAUAAAGGUAUUUUAUUAGCUAUUUCAGUAAGUGUACAUUGAUAACUACAUCCUGCUGAAAAUUACAUUGAUUGGAUUUAAUAUUAGCUGUUUAAGCGGUUUCUUGCAGUUUUAUAGAGUUUCAACAUGAACAUGAUCAUCUUACUCCUUAUUUAUGUUCCCUUGGCAUUAUCAACUCUAGAUUUAGGUAUUGAGGAGACACACCUUACAACUGAAAAAAGUAAGAAAAACCUAAGGCAGAACAAGAAAACAAAAGCAAAGAUAAAAGUGGAAAAGUCACCAAUAGAAAUACGGAAUGACAAUAUAAAAUCCAAAGCAUGUGCUUUAAUGGAACAAUCUAUGUACGCAACACAGGAGUUGAUCUGGCCAGUGGAACCAGUGUUUAAGGCGUUUGAAACAAAGCCCCAGUACCGUAUGGCGUUCAUCUUUCUCCAGAUGGAGCAAGCAGUGUCAGAAGCAAGGUCUAUUUUAAAAAUGAUACAUUACAGGCGAACCAAUCCAGAAUUAGAAAAGACGAUGUUGACUCGCUCCCAGCGCCUUCAAUUUUACUGGCAACUGGUCAAGAGGAACAUAGACAUCACUUACCUGAUAGACUACAUACGAGAACGAGUCCCACUAGGAACUGAAGGACUAGAAACCCCAGCUCCAGAUUUGAGUAAGAGUACUGAUGAACAAACUGCUACGAGUUCAAAUAUAGAGCCAGAGUCCGGGGCGCAGAAGAGACGCAACUGGUGGAUGAGGAGUCCGACAACGAGCUCCAACAGCAACAAUCGGAAGAUGGGCAGUCCGAUAACAAACUCCAUCAACAACAAUCGGAAGAUGAGCAGUCCGACAAUGAACACCAACAACAAUCGGAAGAUGGGCGGUUCGAUAACAAACUCCAACAAAAACAAUCGGAAGAUGGGCGGUCCGACAACGAACUCUAACAACAACCAUCGGAAGAUGGACAUUCAGACGACGAACACCAACAACAAUCGGAAGAUGGGCGGUCCGAUAACAAACUCCAACAACAACAAUCGGAAGAUGGGCGGUCCGACAACAAACUCCAACAAUAACAAUCGGAAGAUGGGCGGUCCGACAACGAACUUCAACAACAACAAUCGGAAGAUGGGCAGUCCGACAACAAACUCCAACAACAACAAUCAGAAGAUGGGGAACAGAGAGAAGAGCACUUUCGAUUUCGAUUUGAAAAUAUCAGCCCAUGAGUGGCAAGUUGCACAAACAGGAUAA